AUGGGCAACGAGCCAUGGCGGACUUGGCCAGAGCUCACGCUCAAGAUCUUCCGGCUUCCGAGUACAGUUACUCUUGCAGAGCUGCAUAAGUCAUUCUCGCGACACGGCAACAUUACCUUACUGGAGCUAGGUGAGAAUAAAGAUGGCAGACGGAAUGGAUUCGCAAAAGUCCGCUUUGAACCGCCACCAGAGGUUGAUUUCUGGUCCUCCUUCAAUUACAUUAUUUCGUACGACAGGGAUAAGUGCGCUCGUGUUAAAAUUGAGCUCUUCAUUCCAAGAAUAAAAUACCCUGGCAUGACAGAAAGUCCAGCGAAUCCUAAAGUACUGUUGAAAACAAGAAUGAGUCUUCGAGCAGACCAAUUGGACUUCGGUGUGCGUCUCCAGGAGAACGAGAUGAUGGUACACAAGUCUAUCACUGACAACGUGAGAAUUGAUGUGGAUCUCGGCCGGAAACAGCUCAUCAUCACGUUCGAUAUGCCGAAGAGAUGCUCCCAAACACACAAUGGGCACAAUGGCAAUGACUAUGAAGACAAAUUUCAUCGUCACCGUUGCACCGUCGCCUUCGCUCGGUUGACGAAGCUUUAUCAAACCAACCUUGAGGAAGGAGCCAUCGGUUUAAUUAUACCCCUUGAGCAUCCCGCAAUUUUCAGAACAAAACUGGAUGAAGAUCGACUUAAUGAGAUGGCGGUAGGGCGAACCUUUUGGGGUCCUCUGGAUAUGUGGGAACGGCGAACGGCCAUUCUCAACGACCGCCGUGUGCCUUCCAACUUUCCCGUGACUUUACAAUUCGAUUUUGAUGAUCCAGACUUUAUCAACAUCGGCCGCUGGACUACACUCGGAUUCAUCGUAAAAGACAAUGAAAAUGCAACGAGCCAAGUACUGGAGGCGCUUCAUGCGUACAAUAUCGAGACCAUCACAUUGGACCACUUCAAAUUUAUCCCUCAUCAACCCGCUCUGCUCACAACUCUGCACCGGGUCUCGCCCCCCGAGGAUUCCCGUGGAAUCUCAUUCACCAGUUUGUCAAUACAAUCAUUAGAAUCGACAUUGCAGGCACCGCCAGUUCUGGACUUCCAAGUUCACUAUCAACUAGAAGCCUGUAUCUCUCGAGGUGUCUUAUCAGAGUACUCGAUUACUCAUGAAUUUCUGGACCGUUUGAGAGCGCUCGACAAAGAUCGGGCGAAAUGGACUCUGGAAUAUUUUACAGAUAGAGGCCAGAGGGUAUGGAAUCCUAUGGAGAUCUUUGACAGCGAAGAAGGACGACUUUAUUUCCCCAAUGCCAGCACGCCUCAUUACUGCACCACCAUUAGAAAAAUAGUUGUAACGCCCACGGUCGUAUACUAUAACUCUCCCAGCGUCGAGUCAUCUAACAGGGUUCUUCGAAAAUACAGCAUUUAUCAGGACCGCUUUCUCCGAGUUCAAUUCACGGAUGAGCUCUAUAAUGGCAAGAUAUACAGUGACUCGGGGGGCGAGCUUUUCAGCAGAGUCUACCGUGCCUUAGCCAAGGGGAUCACAAUUGGAAGUCGGCACUACGAAUUUUUGGCCUUUGGAAACUCCCAAAUUCGAGAGUCUGCUGUCUACUUCUUCUGCCCAACAGAGCAUUUGUCUUGCGACCAAAUUCGUGACUGGAUGGGUCACUUCAGUCACAUCAAAAACGUGGCGAAAUACGCUGCCCGAAUCGGACAGUGCUUUUCAACAACGCGAGAGAUCCGUGGUGUCACUGUUCCUAAGAUCGUCCCAAUAGAAGACAUUGAACAGAACGGAUAUUGCUUUAGUGAUGGGGUUGGCAAAAUCUCGCAAUUGCUGGCAAAAAUGGUCGUUCAAGAAAUGAGAGACGAAGACCUCAACAUCACGCCUUCCGCCUUUCAAUUCCGCAUGGGUGGCUGCAAAGGCAUGUUAGUUGUAUGGCCCGACGCGAAGAACUUGGAGGUACAUAUUCGACAAUCUCAAGAAAAGUUCAAAGCGAAGUUCAACGGCCUCGAGAUAAUCAAAUAUGCACAAACAUCGACAGCCACCUUGAACCGACAAACCAUCACCGUUCUGACAUCCCUUGGUGUUCGCGCAGAAGUCAUUUUGAAGCUUGCUGAAUUGCAAAUUAAUAACUAUCAAAAGGCCAUGAAUGAUCGGGUCGCAGCCGUAAGCCUACUGGGGCAGUACAUUGACGAGAACUUGACGUCCUUGACGAUCAAGGACCUCGUUGGUUGGGGCUUCAUAGACCCAGAGAUCCAGGAGCCAUUUGUUUUGACAAUUUUAAAUCUAUGGAGAAUAUGGUCCAUGAAGCUACUCAAGGAAAAAGCUCGCGUUAUUGUUGAGAAAAGCGCAUUUCUUCUUGGCUGCUUGGAUGAAACGGGGAUUCUACGAGGCCACUUGAAAUCCACCGAAGGGAAAAACACUAAAAACGUCAAGGACUUGCCGCAAGUCUUCUUGCAGAUUGAGAGCCCUAUUGGCAGUGGCAGAUUCACGUGCGUCACUGGCCUUUGCAUUGUUGGACGCAAUCCAUCGCUCCAUCCAGGCGAUAUCCGAGUAAUGGAGGCAGUCGAUGUACCCGAGCUUCACCACCUGAGGAACGUUGUGGUAUUCCCCCGCACCGGAGAUCGCGAUGUCCCGAGCAUGAUGUCAGGUGGGGAUCUGGACGGCGAUGACUUCUUCGUUAUGUGGGAUCUCGAUCUCAUUCCAGAUGUUUGGCACCAGCCGCCCAUGAACUAUGUACAACCCACGCCAGCGGUCCUUCGUCGAGAUGUUCAAGUCAAAGACCUUCGUGCAUUUUUUGUUCGCUAUAUGCAGAACGACAGCCUCGCCUUAAUCGCUACAGCGCAUCUUGCCCAUGCUGACAGGUCCAUUCAAGGGGUCAAGGAUCCAAAAUGUCUCAAGUUGGCAGCGCUGCACUCUAAGGCCGUAGACUACGUCAAAACCGGUAAUCCGGCGAAGCUCCCCAAGGAGCUGAAUGCUAAGGAACGACCUCAUUUCCUCACAAGCAGGGGUGACAAAUACCAUUCAUCAACCGCACUCGGAAAACUUUACGAUAUGAUACAGGAUGUGGGAUUCAGGCCUCUUUACGAAAAGAGCUUCGACCAAAGAAUACUGGGCCGCUACAAGUUAUCAGACGACCUUCUGUGCAAGGCUCGAGGAAUAAAGGCUCAGUACGACACAGCAAUGAGGCGGCUAAUGGGCCAACGCGAUAUUGAGACCGAGUUCGAGAUCUGGACCGGGUUCGUGCUGUCCAAACCACGAAUCGGGAGUGACUACAAGCAGCAGGAAGAUGUUGGGCGGGAGUCUUCGAUGCUAAAGCAACGAUUUCGCGAUAUUUGCUACAAAGAGAUUGGCGGCAGAAGCUUUGAGGACAUUGCCCCGUUCGUGGCGUCCAUGUACAAGGUGACGCAGGACGAGGUCAAUGCAGCGCUGAAGGGGGAGUACGAGGAUGAGGAACACAGGCGACAGUCGAUGCCCCUGAUCAGCUUCCCCUGGAUCUUCCACUGGAUCAUGGGCCGCAUCGCCACGGGACAAGUCAAGACCAGACCAACCAUCGACCCUGAUGCAGCGCCGCUGCCCGUGCGGAAAACCCACCACUUUCGCCGCGCGGACGACGAGGCGGAGCCAGUGACCCAGCUCGACCACGGCAGACUGGUCCACCGGGGCGAGCUUCUCGAGGUGUUUGAGAGCCCCACGGACAAAGAUGGCGACGAGGUUUCAGUGUCAUCCAGGAGCGGCGAUGCUACUGGUGGACAGGAGAUACAUGUUGAGGAUGAAGAGAGCGCCAUGGAUGCCAUGGACCGACUGAUGGGCGGCGCCAUGGGCUAG